AUGGUACAACCAGGCUCAAAAGGAAAGGUUCUCCUCGCGUACUCUGGCGGUUUAGAUACUUCUUGUAUCCUAGUUUGGCUCAUUGAGCAAGGCUACGAUGUCGUCGCUUACCUCGCAAACGUCGGCCAAGAAGAAGAUUUCAACGCCGCAAGAGAGAAGGCGAUGAAAAUUGGCGCAAAGUCUUUCCAUUGCGAUGACCUCCGCCGCGAAUUCGUUGAAGAGCUCAUUUACCCCGCCGUUCAAGCAAACUGCAUUUACGAGGGUAUUUACCUCCUUGGUACCUCUCUUGCACGUCCUGUCAUCGCCAGAGGCAUGAUGGCUGUCGCAAAGCGCGAAGGCUGCGACUUUGUCUCUCACGGAUGCACGGGCAAAGGAAACGAUCAAGUUCGUUUCGAAUUAGCCUUCUACGGUCUCAACCCUGAGAUUACUGUUAUUGCCCCAUGGAGAAACCCUGAAUUCUACGACCGUUUCCCAGGCAGAUCCGCUCUCCUUCAAUACGCCGCAGAGAAGGGCAUUCCUGUAUCUCAAACUACCUCCAAGCCUUGGUCCACCGAUGAGAACCUCUUCCACAUUUCCUAUGAAGCUGGUAUCCUCGAGGACCCUAACACUACCCCUCCAGCUGAUAUGUGGAAGCUCACUCAAUCUCCACAAGAAGCUCCAGAGAAGCCAGAAGACAUCACUAUCGAAUUUGCGAACGGUUUGCCUGUAAAGCUUCACGUAAAGGAGACUGGCAAGACUCACACAGACAAGGUCGACGUCUUCGUCACCCUCAACGCUCUCGCCAGAAACCACGGUAUCGGUAGAAUUGAUAUCGUCGAGAACCGCUUCAUCGGUCUCAAGUCUAGAGGUUGCUACGAAUCUCCUGGUGCUACCAUCCUCAGAGCCGCGCACAUGGAUCUCGAGGGUCUCACUCUCGACAGAAACGUCAGGGCACUCAGAGAUCAAUUCAUAACCCCUCAACUCUCCAACAUUCUCUACAACGGAUACUUCUUCUCUCCAGAGCGUGACUUUGUCGUCAGCGCCAUUCCUGCCUCACAGAAGACGGUCAACGGUGAAGUCAAACUGAAGCUUUACAAGGGCAAUGUCGUUGUCUGCGGUAGAAAGUCUGAUGAGGGUCUCUAUGAUGAGUCAGCUGCUUCGAUGGAUGAACUAGGUGGCUUCUUGCCUACUGAUACCACCGGUUUCAUUGCCAUCGAGUCCAUCCGUCUCAGACAAUGGGCAAAGGCUAAGGCUGCCAAGGGUCAAUCGGGUAUUGAGCCAACCGAUGUCUACUAA